CCUUGCUGCCCUUUGUCCCAGUCAUCAGUAUGUUCAUCAACGUCUAUCUGAUGAUGCAGCUCGACAGAGGAACCUGGAUGCGCUUUGCCAUCUGGAUGGUUUUAGGUUUCUUUAUCUACUUUGGCUAUGGUAUUCGCAACAGUGCAGAGGCAGUGUUGACCACAUCCAGUGCCUACACACCAGCCUGCACAAUAACCGGAGAGCCCAUGGCCCCAGAGAAGGAAGCCUUCCUACACAACACACAAGACGCAGGCGGAGACGACGAUGAAGAUUGCUGAGGAAGUAGGAGGUUCACGAAAUCCACUCGAGCUCUGUUUUGUUAAAGUCUCCAAAAUAGCUGCUAAUACAGGAGACUUAUUUAUGCACUCGUCCAAUCAGGGCGUUGAGUUG